UCUCGCUGUGCAAAAUUAAGAACACACUGCACACGUUUCACUGUGGCCUGACCUGCGUGAUGAGAGACGUGCUGGUGGCGACAUUGGGCUCCUUGGACUGCAGCUGACGGUGGGAAUAGUUGAGGCCGUCCCACGACGCGCUGACCAUGUUGACCACGUUGGCAUGGACCACCGUGAAGUAGCCUCUGAACCAAGAUGCCACGUUCUGCAGUUAAGUUCCAAGCUGACAACCGAAGUCGUAGGUCUGUCCAAGUGAACACACCUCCAAUACAAGACCUGGAAGUGGAGGAUAUUAUCCCUGGUUGCUUAACUCAGGCCCAAUGGACGGACACGUUGAUCCGGGAGGAUGCAGAUGAGGCAGUGGGGGAGAUCAUGGAGGAACUGAUGAGCAAGCUCAUGGACGGUUGUUUCAAAGUGUACAUUGAGAAACAGAUAGCACCUUUGUCCGCAUCCUGGGCCAAGAGCUACCUCACACAGAUUCUAGAGCGGAAAAUCCUGUGCCUAGAUGAAGGGGAAGGACCCGAGGAAGCAUCUAAAACAGAAGACUCCGAGCCUAUGCCACCAACUUCAGAUGCCUGGGUUCAAGGAUGUGUGCCUGUUGUAAAUGCUACUCCUCGACCUCACCCCGCCUCACAACAGGAAGAUGACAUUGGUCAGGUCCCAGUACAAACAGAGCCAAGAGUCAACCAGCAAUGUAAUACUAUGGUCCAAGCAAAAGGCUCUCCAAAGCAAUCUGAAAAGGAAACACGUCCCAGGAGGCCUGUCAGUUACGAGUGCUAUGAAGUGCUUAGCCCUCGGCCUCCACCAAAAAUUGAUCGAAAGAAAAAGCAGUGGGUUAAUUUACCACCAAUUCCCAAGCCAGUUCCAAGCAAAUUACUUCCGCUCCUAUCGUGUUCAGCAGAGAAAAGGGAUGUGGAUGUAGAGGGAAAAAAUGUUAGACAUUCUGUUUAUAACAACACAACUGGAUCAUUACAUCAGCAUAAGAGCUACCAACCGAUACAAAAGCUUGAUCCCUCCUGCCUGCCUCGACACUGCAUCUUUCCUCCGUAUGAGAUUGUGGAUAACAACGACACAAAACCUAAGUCCAAGAAACCAAGUGGAUUAUCCAAACCAGAACCAAGAUAUAACAAGCAGCAAACUGAGUGGACAGCAGCCUCACAGAAGCAACUAACCAGCUCCAAGGAUCAGCCAACAAAGUUUCAGAGGGGAAAUGCGGCAGAUGUCUGGCUGAAGAAACUGUCCCCCUCUAGACAUGACCGGAUGGUGUCCUCUGGGCCUCUGAGGCUGGACACAAUGGUUUUGGCCAAAGGUGUUUCUCUCUUGGAUUCUCAGGCAGUUGAAAUACACCCUCUCAAAAGCAACCCUCCUACCAAGUCUACCAAGCUGAGGCUGAUACGAAGUGACGUUGCCGUGCCACUGCUUUCAGUUGAUCAGGUUACCACAGGUCCACCGCCUCAAGUCACCCCUUUGUUUCAGACCAAGAACUCUGACAAUGGAUUAUAAAAUGUAGUGAUAACACGACUGUCGCUGUAUUUAGAGCAGAAUUAGCCAUAAUAAUAAGAUAAUUAUAGAAUAUAUGAAAAGCCUAUAAGCUUCACAACAUAUUGCAAACAUAGAGUUUGAUAUAGUUCCUCAUAUAAAAACUACAACACUGUGAAGCAAGGACAUUUGAUUAUGGACUAUUAAGACUAAAUAUUAAUAUUUUAAGUCUUUGUGCUUUUCAUAUUCAAAGCUCAACAAUAACUGUGAGGCUAAAUCGUGUUUUGGCCUAGGGGAAGCCAACCCAAGGGGGACAAAUAUAACCCCCUAUCCCACCUGAGGAAACGCCUCUUUAACCUGCCUGUGACAGGAACCUUGGGAGAAGGAUGACUUCUGAAGGCACAGCGCAACAAGAAAGGGACCUCCAAUGUGCCAUGGAAGCUAAAAGGCAACACAGAAAGGAGAGGACGACCAUCGAAACUGCUCCUCCACCCACGAAUACCACAUAGGUCACGACUGCCCACAUUUCAACAGAACCCUGUGGAUCCAAGAUUGGUUAAGACCCACAAAUAAUCCAUCUCAGUAACAGGAUGACAGUCAUACUCGACUGUGAGUGAUUGCCCACGAUGAUGAUUUCACAAAUACAUUUUCUGUGCCUCCAUAUAGUAGAUGUAGUCAGUUCAUUACUGUAGGUAUGCUUCAAUGACAGGUGUUUCUAUUAUUUGGUCUACCCCAUUUAUAUCAAUGAGGGUAGGCUAAAUAACGGAAAUACCUCUGUGUAUAAUGCAGUAAAGUUCAACAACAUCACUGACUACAUCCUCCAAUAUGAUUCUACAUUUGAAUCAACACUUCUAACAAAAUCGUAACAUUAUAACUUUCAUGAAGAGACAAUUUAUUGCAGGGCUACUGUAUCAACAGACUAUAUGCACACUCACAGCAAUACUAAUCUGCAGCUCCUGCAAACAACUGGCAAAGAUGUGUCGUGAUUUGAAUUAAAAAUAGCAAUACAAACUGAAAAAUAUGAUGAUGGAUUUGUUUUAUAGCGAGCAUUCAUAAAUAAACGUGUUUUUUUUUUUUACUGCAUGAGCAUUUUUGUCCCAGUGGCUCUAGAGAGCACCAAUCGCACGGGAGACUGCUCAUGCAACCUAUCUUGUUGAAGCCUGGUUGGGUAGGAGGGUCAAGAAGCGGCGAACCAAUCACCAUUCACCCGCGACGCUUCUACACCAAUCAGGGCACUAUUGCCUUUGGUAGCAAGUUUGUCUGACCCUUUGCACAUGUGAGAGCGCAAUGAAGAGAAAGCAGUGUUGAUCAAAACUUUAAAAAUAUCGGAAUUAUCAUCACAUUGAACGCAUAUCAGACAUGAAAAAGAAGCUGACAGUUGCUGAGGAGCCGGCAGAGAUGAUUCCCUCUGAGGGUCAGGAGGAGGAGGAUGACGAGGUUCCGGUUAAAGCCAAAAGGAGCAAACCUGGGGAGGCCGGAGGGGAGGAGGAGGUCUAUCACCCGGUGAAGCUGUCCCGAAGUGAUCUGUACAGACCUCCCACAGCAGAGGAGCUCAACCAGCUGAAAGAGGCGGAGAGCCUGUUUCACUGCAGCCUGCUCAAAAUGCAGAUGGAAGAGCUGCUGAAGGAGGUCGCCCUGAGUGAGCGUAGGAAACAGCAAAUCGAUGCCUUCAUUCAGACGGUCACCAAGCUGCUCCAGACCGUACCAGAUUCACCAGAGGUUGAGGUGAGUGACCCGUCAUGGCUGUCAAGUGCAGUCAAGGUCCCUUUCCUCCUGGUGCCCAAAACAACAAAAGGCAAGUUCCACAUGGCACCCCCUGCCUCUGUUGAUCUGAUCGGCAGCUACCCCCUGGGCACCUGCACCAAACCACGCGUCACGGUGGACCUGGCUGUCACAAUCCCCGCUGAUGUCCUCCACCCAAAGGACGUCUUGAACCAGAGGUAUCCGAGGAAAAGGGCUCUGUACCUGGCCGGCCUGGCCCAGUACCUGGCGUCCUCCUCUGACAUCGGAAGCAUGCGUUACGCCUGCCUUCAUGGCAAUCGACUCCGACCCGUUCUGCUGCUUACCCCUCCAGGUAAAGACUCUUCCAGCUUCACCCUACGUGUUCAUGCCUGUCCGCCUCCUGGAUUCUUCAAGCCCAGCCGUUUCCACCCACAGAGGAAUAAUAUCCGGACCGAGUGGUACAGCGAACUGCAGCCCUCCCAGUGUGAGAGCAGCGGACCCCCCACUCCGCAUUACAACAGCUCUGUUCUGGGGGAUUUGCUGCCCAGGGCUCACCUCCAGUUUCUUUCCGCCGUCGGCUCCCAGUGCUCAGCUUUUGCUGAUGGAGUGGCUUUGCUCAAAGUCUGGCUUCGCCAAAGAGAGCUUGACCAGGGCACUGGUUGCUUUAAUGGCUUCCUGGCUUCGAUGAUGUUGGCUUAUCUGCUGACCACUCACAGAAUCAGCAACUCUAUGACAGCCUAUCAGCUGCUUCGGAACAGCUUGAACUUCCUGGCAUCUGCAGACCUGACAGUGAAUGGAAUAAGCUUAGCCAGAGAUCCUGACUCUACAGCUCCAUCUCUUCCAGAGUUCCACGAUGCUUUCCAGGUCGUGUUUGUUGACCCGUCAGGACAUCUCAACAUGUGUGCUGACAUGACGGCUUGUACCUACAAACAGCUGCAGCAUGAGGCGUCUGUAUCGAUGCAGUUCUGGGACAACCCUACGGUGGACGGCUUCCACAGCCUCCUCAUGACACCCAAACCCAUGAUCAGGACAAGCGACCACGUGUUCCAGUUGUGUGAGCUGGUGAAGCUUCAGUCCAGCUGUAAGAAAAUGAAUCUCCUCAGUGAGCUGAUGGACCACAGUGGAGAUUACGUCCACACUGCACUCCCUUUUAUUUUGUCCCUGCUUCAGCGUGGACUGGGCCAAAGGAUCCACCUGCUCACCCACUCCCUCUCGCCUGACCCUGAGUGGUCUGUGGAGAGUGAAGCCCCAAAACACAAAGCUCAACCUCCUCUCUCCUUCGGUUUGCUCCUAAGUCCGGAGCUGGCGGCCUCUGUCCUGGAAAGAGGCCCCGCUGCAGACAGCCCCACGGCGGCUGAGUUUCGUCAGCUGUGGGGUCCUCGCUCCGAGCUGCGUCGCUUCCAGGACGGCUCCAUCACCGAGGCGGUGCUGUGGGACGGAGAGAGCAUGUGCCAAAAGAGACUGGUCCCCAGACAGAUCAUAACACACCUGCUACAGCUGCAUGCAGAUAUCCCUGAAUCCUGUAUGCGGUAUGUGGGGUCGAUGGUGGAUGACGUCAUCAAAACGGGAAGUGAGGUGCCCAGUACUGGAGAGGAGGGGAGUUUACUGGUGGUUCAGUCCUAUGAUGACCUGAGUAGAAAACUGUGGAGGCUGGAAGGUCUGCCUCUCUCCAUCACAGCAGUGCAAGGAGCCCACCCUGCACUUAGAUACACACAGGUCUUUCCCCCUGUGCCACUGAAGGUGGACUAUUCCUUCUUUGACAGAGAAAAGGCUUCCCGGUCAUUGGUGCCACAGGAAGGCAAACCCUGCCCUGCUUAUAUCACCCCUAUCACAGUGAUUUGUCACAUGGAAGGGAGUGGAAAGUGGCCUCACGAUCGAUUUGCCAUCCGCCACAUCCGAACUGCCUUCCACAUCCGCCUGGGAGACUUACUGAAGAAGCAUCAUAAUUAUACAUGCAGGCCCUGCCCUACUCACCUAGAUGUCUGGAAGGAUGGCUUGGUGUUCCGCAUCCAGGUGGCCUACCAUCGUGAGCCUCAGGUGCUGAGGGAGAGUGUGAAUGCAGAGGGGCUGCUGGUUGUAAGGGACAACGAGGAGGCUCAGGCUCUAGAGAUGGCCACCAUGCAUAAGCCUCUACUUACCAGCACAUUGCAUGGGCUCCAGCAGCAGCACCAAUGUUUCGGGGGAGUGUGUCGCCUGGCCAAACGCUGGCUGGGGUCUCAGCUCUUCAGCGAAGACAUCACAGAGGACACAGCAGACUUGCUGGUGGCGUCGCUUUUCCUGCAGCCUGCACCCUUUACUCCUCCGGGUUCUCCUCAGGUCGGCUUGCUUCGUUUCCUUCAUCUGCUCUCCUCCUUUGACUGGAGGAACAACCCGCUGGUUGUCAACCUCAACAACCAGCUUGCAGCCACCGACUACACAGAGAUCAAGAAUGACUUCAUGGCUUCCAGGGAGUCUCUGCCUGUCCUGUUUGUAGCUACGCCUAAAGACAAAAACCAAUCCCUGUGGACCAAGCGAGCACCUAGUGUACAGAUGCUGCAGCGUGUGGUGAUGGUGGCUGCAGAGAGUCUGAAGUUACUGGAACAGCAGCUGAUGGACAGAGAGCAGAUACAAGAUGUCAGGGUGGUCAUGCGUCCUCCUCUGGAUGCCUACGAUGUGUUGAUUCACCUGAACCCAAAGCAGGUUCCCCUGCUCCCUCAGGCAGUGGACCCGCCCACUGUCACCUUCAGCAGGGGCCUCAUGGGUGGCAUUGUGGCCCAGUCUGGAGGGGCCCUGCCUGUCAUCGACUACAACCCCGUGUCCCUCUACCUGGCAGAGCUCAGAGAUGCUUUCGGAGACCUAGCCCUCUUCUUCUGUGACCCCCAUGGCGGAACAGUGAUUGCAGUUUUAUGGAAGCCAAAGGCCUUCAUACCAAUGCCCUUUAAGACGUCACAAAUGUCUGCUCGGAGAGUGGCGGUGACUGGGGAGGAAGCAAAUACCAUCCCCAAUGUGGAAGCAAUACUGGAGGACUUCCGGGUCAUGGGGAAGGGCUUGAUCAAGUCAGUGGAAGCCAGGACUGAAAAAUGGUCAUUUUAGACACACUGUUUUCACCAGGUGCAUUCCAAUGGAAAACAGAACAACGGAAAAACUAAAUGGAUUUUCAGAUGAAUUUUGUUAACAAUAUUAUCAGUUAAUAAUGUGGUUAAAGAUGAGCCAUAUGAUUGUUUUGGCGAAGCUGCAUCAUGUCUAAUAAAUGGAUAUUUACU